AUGGUGGAAAGAUACAACCGAACUUUAAAGACACAAUUAUCUUUGUUUGUGGAAGAGCAUCAACGCGAUUGGGACAAAUAUGUACCUCUUCUUCUAAUGGCGUAUAGGACAGCUGUGCACAAGGCAACUGGAUUUACUCCUGCACGUAUGAUGUUAGGGCAUGAGGUUCGUGUACCAGUUGAUCUCGUUUAUGGAUCUCCAGAAUAUGAACGCAAGAGUUCUACGCAGCAUGUCCAAAGUCUACAAGAAAAUCUGGAAGUAGUUCACAGAUUUGCCAGGGAAAACUUGGAAUUAAGCUACGAGAAGAUGAGGAAACAGUAUAAUAACGACAGUAGUGCAAACCCUUUAGAAGAAGAUGAUCUUGUCUGGCUGUUUAACCCUCGACGAAAGAAGGGAAGAUCGUCCAAAUUGACGAGGCCCUGGGAGGGUCCGUUUACUGUUGUAAAAAGACUGAAUGAUCUGGUAUAUCGGAUAAGGAAAAACAUGCAGACCAAACCGAAAGUUGUGCAUCGAAACAGAUUAUGGAAGUAUGCUGGCCACCAAUCGAAUAUUUGGGGUAAUGAACAGUGUGAGACUAGUCGUUUCGACGUAGAGACUCAAGAAAGUGUGGAUAACGAAGUUGGUGAAUCUUCAAUGGGAACCCUACGACGGAGCAAACGAAAGAGGAAGCCGAGAACUAUUCUAGAUUUGUAA